AAAGCGUUGGAGUGAGUGCUCGAGGCUAGGCGUCUUCUGCUCCAACUAUGGCGACAGGUCACGAUACACCGCUGGUGCUGGUGACGGGAGCCACGGGCUACGUGGGCUCCCACGUGGUGAAGCUGCUGCUGGAGGAUGGACAGCUGCGGGUGCGUGCCGUGGUGCGCAGCCUCGACCAGGAGGACAAGGUCAAGUUCCUCAAGGACCUGGUGCCCGACGCCAAGCACCCCGUCGAGCUGGUGCAGGCAGACCUGCUCAAGGAGGACACCUGGAAAGAUGCUGUGAAGGACUGCACAUAUGUGGUCCAUGUUGCUGGUCCCACACCACACUCGUCGCUCUCCAAGGACACGGAUGCACUCAAGCUGGCAGUGGAUGGCACCAAGGCCGUGCUUCAGGCCUGUGCAGACGCUGGCACCGUCAAGAGGGUCGUGCUCACCAGCUCCAUCAGUGCAGUCUCCGACCAGUCUCAGCCAGCGAGUGCCCUGAGCGAGCGUGAGGGCAAGCCAUUCACAGAGAGUGACUGGAGCAAUGUAGAGUCGGCAACCAUGGACGUCUAUGGCAAGGCAAAAACCCUUCAAGAGAAGGCCGCCUGGGACUUUGUCAAGGAACUCUCAGAUGACAAGAAAUUUGAGCUGGUGGUUAUCAACCCUGGACUGUGCAUUGGACCUCUGCUCCAGAAGACAACUCAUGGAGUUCCCACUAGUGUUUUGGUUAUCAAGCGGUUCAUGGAUCGGUCGAUCCCCCUGGUCCCUCCGGCAACACUGAGCGUGGUAGAUGUGCGGGACGUGGCUCGUGCCCACGUGCGAGCACUGACUGCUUCAGCUGCUGCUGAAAACAGGCAUAUUGUUACCAACCAGUGCAUCUCCGUCAAGGACAUGGCCACAGCUCUUGCCAAGGAAUUCAAGCCCCACGGCUACAGCAUCUCCACGGCGGGGCCGCCCUUCUUCCUGAUGUGGCUGAACAGCCUUGUGGACAAGAACUCCAAGCUGCUCAUGUCCAAGCUGAACAAGCCAAGCGCCUACGACAACGGCCGGAUGCGGGAGGUGCUGGAGAUUGAGCCCAGGGACGUGCAGCAGUCCAUCCUGGACACGGCCUACAGCAUGAUCGAGCUGGGCAUCGUCAAGAAGUCCAAGAAGAUGAAGAAGCAGGAGAUGUCCACUGAGGGGGAGAGCCAAGUGAACGGCGAGGUGAACGGCGACAAAGCGGAGGACGAGAAGGAGAAAAAGAAGGAGGGCGAGGAGGAAGAGCCCAAGGACAAGGAGUCGGCCCCGAACACGGAAGAGGUCACCGAGCAGAAGGUGGAAGUGGUCACCAAAAAGGUGGAGGUAGUCACCAAGAAAGUGGAAGUCACCAACUGCAAAAAGGUGGACGAGGUCAUCACGACCGUCGAAGACAAGACCAAGGAGCUGGAACCCGAGGACAAGGUCGAGAAGCUCAACGGAGAGGCGGCGGAACCGCCGCCACCGUCUCAGGCGGUGGAGGUGGCCGCCAACUAAGGCCCUCUCUCAGGCCCUCUUCCGGGGGCGAGGGGGCCACUCCCCUUUGUUCUUUUUUUUUUGUCUCAGAGAGGGAAGUGUCGUCAUUUGUACGAAUCUGUAUCUCUGCUCUCAGAAGAUGUGUUGUCUUUAUUUCGAAACAGUAGAGGCAUCUCUCAUUCCUUGUUUUAGCCGGGCACACACACACAUACACACACAAACACCGAAAGAAAAAGAAGACACCCGCCUCGGCGCGCUUUUUCCCCUCAUUUGGCCGCGGUACCGCGCUUAUUCCUGGAAGAACAGAGAUUAGAGUCUUUGUUGGAUGGGGGGGUAGGAAUUUUGGUCACGUCCUGGCGGGAGCUUUGCUCAUGGGAGGGGCGGGAGGGAGGGGAAAGCGUGCUUGACUGCACGUUUCUAAAGUCAUCGAAUCUUUGUACGGUGCUUGCCCUCCCCUUCGCAUUCCCAUCCCUGAAUAUGGGACUGCCGACGUUCCAGCCUCACUUGGUUACGUCGCCCGUUUGAGUCUACAAAUGAUUUUCUUUGUUUCUCUUUUUAGAAUGGUGCUCCCGUCUUUAUGAGAGGCAGGGAAAGAGGUAGGAAGUGCGCAUGUCCGAGGCUCCCAGUUUUUAGAGGCUACAGCUUUUUUUUUUUUCUCCCGCCGCGCCCGCAGUCCUCGGUCGACUGGCUGCGGCACUCACAAUUGGUUCUCAAGCUUUCACUUCUAGUCUGUAGAUAGCGGGGAGAGAGUGGCAACCCUAUCAAACGCUCCUUUCUACAAAAUUUUUGGUAAUUCCACGAAGUACUUCCAACUGUACAUUGCCAGAUGCACACUUCAUUGUCAAAAGAAACGAGGAGGUAUCAUUUCUUCGGACUUCUGCAGGUUUCGUUGGAGUCAAAGGAAACGAAGAACAGGUCGCUUGGCGCAGAAAUAAAAGAGCAUUGUACAUGCACCGAGGCUUUUGCUUUCCCCGCCAUGUAAAUAAGUUUUCCCCUGUGUCUUGGCUUUCGAGCCCGGCGCCGCGACGAUGGUCAUGCGGUUGCUGCUCCUCUAACUCCGUACUGGCACCGCGGUGUGUCAGCAGCACUGGCUUUAUCUCUAGUGCUAUUCGUGUAUACAUGCUAUAUACAUACAUUUUCGCAUCCAUAAUUGUAGUGUAACGACCGUCUGUAGUGAAGUUUACUGCCAUUUUUACUGUCUGACCAUCUCAGACUCUGAAAAUGAGGAUGUUCUCUCUCGCCACCUGUAACCCUCGUCUCGACACACACACAAACGCGGAUGGCCUUUAUGACGUGCUCACCGACAGUGUGUGAAUUUGUCAGCGCAAAAUUUUCAGAGUCCCUCUUUUUUUUUGUCUCAACUUCUACACUUUUAAAAAGGGGUGACGGGGUUUUUUAUGGGAAAAAUCCUGGCACCUAACAAGCGAUUCUAGAUGCUUUGCUACCUAUACCUAUUUCCACCAAAGAUGAUGAUGUCAGUGCCAGCUUAGCGGAGCAUUUUAAGCCUAUAGACUUUUGUAGUCGAAGCCAUUAUAACGGUUUUUAUUUAUGUUCGUACUUUCAUACUCGUGACGUCCCAAGUGAAAUUCUCAGUAUUAAGGUUUUAUAUUCCAAAGACGUUACUUUUGUGCUAACGAGAUUGUUACUUGCAGUUCUGUUCGUUUCUCUGACUAGCAGGUGAGGAAAGCCUCCCAUCAAAAAAUCUCCGAGUCGAAACAUUGCAUUUAAUGGCGUCUCUCGUAAUAUCGCUUGGUGCAAACUUUUUUCAACUCUGCUCAAUUUUUUUAUGAAUUUAUAGGGAGUAUUCCGCUUGUCUAGGUAACUUUCAUACAAUAGUAUUCAAACUGCAAAGUCUCAUCAACAAACAUUAGCGAGUAACCAAGGAUAAGCUUUGAUACCAACUACCUUCCUUUUUGAUAUGCCACUUUACAUAGUGGCAAGCUCUAUGAUUGGGUUCAAUCUGCCAGUGGACACCUUUUCAGAAGUGUUGUGAUAUUGCUAACUUAGGUAGUAUGUUCACAACCCUGGGGGCCAAGAAAUGGCGACGUGCCGUUCGGAAGGAAAGUGCGAGCUGUGUAUGCGGACACAUGACAUAUCUUUGAAAUUUUACACUCAUUACAUGAGGACAGAAUGUAAGAAGGUGUAAAUGCAUUGCAUCUACGCUCUUCUGGGAUUAAAUUGUGAAGAGAAAAUAUAUGCGGCGGAUCCUACAGACGUGGGUAGUAAAAAAAAAAAAAAAAAAUGCGGAUAAUUAAAGUUGUACUUCCUGACUGACAUGUGGAUAGUGCCGUUGAUGUUUUUGUUAACUCACAGCUGGCCAUAUGUUUCUAUUGUCAAUGUGCUGCAUUAGCUGGUGUAAUUACAGUCGUGUUAUACCUACGUCAGAUAAUAAUUGAAACUAGAAUCCUUUUCUAAGAGUUGUUAUCGUGAAGACGCAACUUCUCUUAGAUAUUGCUGGAGCGUCUCGCUGUCUGGCUGUUCGAAAAAUUAUUUUUUUUUUCUUUUUUUUACUAAGGCGUUAUACUCAUGAAAUAACGGAUGCAUUAAAUAAAAACUGAAACGCGAUCCAUCUCCAAAUGUGAUGCCAUGAAAAAAACAACAACAAAGAAACAUGUCCUUUUCCCUCGCUCUUGCUUGCCACUGGUUCAACUGGCUUGCUUCGUGUGGUGACGGAUGUAUGCAAAGUGUCAACACAAAGUCAAAGUCUCCAAAUCCAAUUCAGCCAUCUAAUGCGUUUGCUUUCUAUCGGCUUUUUCUACGAAGCCGUAGAGAAGAGAUAAAUUUCCUAUUAGUGAUGCUUUUCCUAACGCCACGAGCUAGAAAUUGAGCUUUAGUUGGGAGCCCGUGUAGCAAAAAGCGGUCAGACCCUUUCGCAGCAAGCUCCCAGCAAAAAACGACCGUAGGCCCAUUCAACCUAGUCACUAGAGGAGUUUACGCCAGAUGCAAGCGGGAGUCGCUGUUUCAUAUUUAUGUAUGUGUAUAUUCUUCACGCUGCAGGUUUUUACACGCUCAUGAGGCCACCUAUAUUGUGCGUGUAUGAUGCCAGAAGAAAAUAAUCGAAAAAGAAAAGAAUUGGAAAGUAACAAGAAAGGGAGGAGAUAAAAAAAGAUGUGCAUCUUUGUGUACAGGGUGUGUCGUUGGAUGUGACAGCCUCCCUUCUGUACUGCGACUACUACUACCACUACCACAGUAACAAAGUGAGGCUAUCUGAAUUUACACGGCAGCGUUUUCAUUUGUUCCCCUAUUUGUUUUACGCUGCAAUCUGUGUGCUCAGCUUUGUAUGCUCCAUAGAAGAAAAAAAAUACUUAUAGUAGCUGUAUGCCGUCUACUCGUGUAUUUGUAUGCUUGUUAAUAAACGAGGAACAAAAACAAUAGAGGCAA